GCAAUGCCGGUACUGCGGUGCGUGAUUCGCGUCUCUCAGGUCACGUGCUAUCUCGUCGAGCCGUCACGCCAGGUGACAACUUGAGUGACGGAACACUACAAGCCGAAAACUAUGCGUUUAAGAGCCUCUAAAACGCUCUUACAAGUGCACAAACAUCUCAUUUUCAACCCCGCGUAAGUUUCGAGUGCGAAAUGGCUCUUAAAGUGUACUUCAUUGUUUUUAUAGUGUGGAUUGUGAACUGUAAGUGCGAAAUGUGUAAUGUGACUCUAUGUGAUUGUCCGUUUAAUAUAACGGUAAAAGAAAGUGGUCAUCAGAUACGGUGUUGUGACAUUCCCACGCUAACAAAUAAGACUUUUAGGGGGCUUAAAGUAGAAUUCAGUGAAAAAUGUGAUUUUAACAAUAUUAAUUUUGAUGUUCCAAUACUCGACACGUUUUCAAUUAUCAUGACAAACAAUACGAUUGUAAAACUAAGGAUAAACGUUAAAGCCAAUAAUUUACGCGAAUUGAACUUAUCAUUAAACAGGUUGCAAUUUAUCAGCAAGGAUUUAUUCAGCAAUUACACGAACCUUCGCGUUCUGAUUCUGAAUAAGAACAGUAUCAAUAAAAUAUCAGCGGAGAGUUUUGUUGGUUUGACCAAGUUAGAAAAACUGGACCUAUCUGAAAACAACUUGACUAAACUUGAGAACAUUUUUACGCCCUUAAAAAGCCUCCAGCAUCUCAAUUUAAGCAGGAAUAACAUUGAGUUUAUUCUGGAGAAUUAUUUUAAUAAUUGGCUGUUACAACACUUAGAUGUGUCCCAUAAUAAUCUAAGAAAAUUAGCGCCUGGAGCAUUGCAGUUACUGCCGAAUUUAGCUCGAUUACUCCUGACAGAUAACCCGCAUUUGGGGAUUACACAGUUGGAUACACAAUUGUUAGUUGGCACGGGCCGCAGACUACAGCAGAUCGAUGCAUCGAGAACAGGAUUAUACCAAGUCCCCGAAGCGUUCACACAUUCCGUUCGUUUCUUGUCUCUUGUGGGGAACCAUAUCAGCUCAAUACGCUGUGGAGAUCUAGACAGCUAUCCACUUCUUCAGUCGUUAGACUUUUCAAAUAACAAAAUCAAAUCAAUCGAAGAGGACUCAUUGGGUAGACUAGAAAUGCUAUUAUUCCUGAAUUUAAACACAAAUUCCCUCAUCGUGGUCCCUAAAUCUCUGCCCGACGAAUUGAAAUAUCUUUCCAUAAAUAAUAAUAUGAUUAAAAACCUUACAUCGGCCGACUUCAAAAGCUUGCCAAACCUCCGUAUCUUAUUAUUGAAAAGCAAUAAAAUACUUUACAUUCAAGAUCACGUGUUUGACGAUUUAUUAUCUCUGGAAAUAUUAGAUUUGUCAAACAACCCACUGCAAAUGCUUUCGCCGAGCACUUUUGAUGGACCGUUAUCUCUCCGUGAUCUGAGAUUAUGUUACUUGAAUAUUUCCGUGCCUGCGAAAGAUGGCUCAUUUCCAAUGUCGUCCCCGGAAAGUGUGCAAAUGCUUCACUUACAAUCUAGUCCAGGUCUUGCCAGACAGUUUUUGGCUGACUCGGCCGCACUCGCCGCCUUCUCUCAUUUGCAAUAUUUGGAUCUAAGAAUGAACAAUUUACGUAACAUCCGAAACGAUCUACUCUUUUAUCUUGUGCAACUUAAGACGCUGAGAUUACAUGGUAACAAGAUUAACUGCAGCGCGGAACUGUGGCUGUCCGAUUGGAUGAAUUGGAAUAAAAGUUUGUUAAACAAUGAAACGUGUUACUAUUCAACGUCCGAAGCGAAAGCAGAAAUAAACAAGUACAACUGUACCUUUCCAGAAACUUUCACAAUAAACGAAAGUUUGCCGCCCGUUAAUUUAUAUAGCACUGAAAUGAUAAAUAAACUGCUAAGAUAUUACGGGUAUUUAAACAAUAAAACAGAGAGGGCGUCCUUAAAACGUAAUUAUAAUAAUUUUGGUGACAAAAACAAUAGAAUUACGCUGAAUGUAAACGACACUUUUGUUUCGCGGCUUGAAAAGAAUUUCGUGAAUAAUACAAUUAGAAACAAUGAGAAAUUAGAUACCGAAAACAUGAUAAGAUAUGAGGAUUAUUAUAAUAGAACCGUUGUGGGAAAAUCUAAAAUAUAUGAAAAUAUCACAUCGCUACCAGAACGUUUGGACACAAUAGUGUCUGAAAAUUUGACGAUAUCUAAAAAUAGAACUAUAUUCAGCAAAUUAGGAAAUCGCUUCAAUACACCUGAGCCCACCAAAGAAUCUCCUACCAGCCUGACGUUGGAAAAUCAAUACGCACUGAAUAGCAGCGCGAAUAAUACAUACACGACUCCAAAUAAUAUGGAAUAUUACCAUUACCAGCCGUCAGACCAUUUCGCUCAAUACUUUGGUAUAGUUUCAGUUUCGUGCCUAAUUGUGAUGUCUUUGGUAUUAUGGCUAAGUAUACGAUUGAGGUAUAAAAGGAGGCAUGCUCCGAGUGUGGACGGAGGGGGGCAGGAACAAAUAGAGGUGUCGAAUAUAUCUGGGGGGGUGUUGUGGUGACAUUUACGAGCAGCCGAUCCAAUGCCAUUUGAAUACGACUCUCUUUUGACAUAGCACUUAAUUUUAAGAGAUCGGCUGCGAUGGAAACUCAUGUGAUAGGACUGGACGUAUUUUUCUAUGAAUAAGUACAAAUAGAUCGUUAAUAUAAGACAUGUAUGUUGUAUAAUUUGUAAAUAUGUAAGACCUAUUUAUUUUUAUGAACUGUAUAUAUUAUCUAAGUGUAUAAUUAAUGUAGCAUCGAUUGAGAUUAUAGUAUAUCGAGCUCUUAUUUAUUCUGUCCAUUAUUUAUCGAGGACAUUAAGACAUCUAAGCAAAAGCAAUACACAAUAAUAUAUAAAUAAAUCAGUGGUGCUGCAACAUCUUUUUAGGACUAGGCCUCAGAUGUCUGUAACUGUUUCAUGAUUUUUGUCAAUCUAAUAUUCCGUUUAUCUGCUCUCACGAUGUUUUCCUCUACCCUUCGAUCGGAUGAAAAUCCAUUAGUGCACAGCCGGGGAUCGAACCUACAAUUUCAGGCAUAAUAGUAUCCAUACAUGAAAAAUUCAAAAGCCAAAUUUAUUCAUCUAGUUUAUUAUCUAUACAUCGUAUUUUAUAAACAAGUUUGAUAUACUAUAAGAUCAUUUGAUAAUGACAUCAAUUGUGAAAACAGAUCAUGUCUUCCCUCGUUUUUCCAUAUAUACACGAUACUUUUCUUGAAUAUAUUUCACUAAUCGGUUACAUGUAACAAAAACUAUACCAGUACUUGAACGUAAUUUCUUAAGUGCCAAAGUGCCAAUAUGUAUGGUAUGAUGAUAGAAUGCACCAAAAUGUCUUGGGAAAUAUAGUUUUAAACCAUUAAAAAAAUUAAACUCAAAAAUAUAAUUACCAAUUUUUUUACUGUUUUUUAAGAUUGAUGUUUCUUUUUUUAUUUUGUAUUGUAUAUCUAUGAAGUCCUAUAAUUCCUAAUAAUAUUUUGGGCCGGGGUCGCAUACAGCCCGGAAACUCGCGACUUUAAAGUUGGGAUUUAUAUGGUAACUCUGCCCCAUAAUAUAGCCAGUAGCUAUUGCUGUCAACUAAAUGUGUAAAACUUUUUAACGACAGUAAAUUAAUUUUAGUUUUCUGACACCAGUGGCGGUGGCGCUGCCAGGCAUUUCCGUCAGCUGACUUUUAUCGAAAUAAUUUCUUUUGAUCACUACUGACUUAAUCCAAAUUUAUACACAAUGUAAUGCGAUGUAUUUAAGAUCUCUUGCAUUAAAUGGGACAAUAAUAUAAUCAACUAUAUACAACUAUAUAUCUUAUAUUUAAGUUUGCGUUGACAAAUUUUCUAUGAAAUCAAAAGUGUAAGGUUACCUUUAGUUCUAAGUUUAUGAUUUGAUUGCAGUUUCUUGAAUCAAUGACUCGUCGACGAAUGUUCGCGUUAUGUUCUUUUUCUCAUAUUAAUCUUUAUCUCUGAAACUAUGGUUGUAACUUGAUACAUAAUGUUCUGAAAGCGAUUUAGUUAUUACAUGUUUCUACGUAGUAUAUGUACAAAUAGAA